CAGCGAACUGUGUGCAUUCAGCAUUCGACUUCGACACAAUCGUCGCUAGAAGAGCUCAAUUUCAAUUUCAAUUUCCAUUUGAAUUUCAGUCGUAUUUCGCCUCUCGUGGGAAACGGAUCAGGCUUCGGAAUAAAGCGAAAUAACAGAGUGCAAGUGCAUAUUAUAAUCGUAUAUAUGUAGAAUCAUAUUAAUACCGUCGUAAUAUAGGAAAACUGUUGAAUAAAAUCCACUUCAAUGUCGAUUAAUUCGCCAAUAUUGUUAAAAAACUCUGACCUGCAUUGAACAGGCAAAAGCGACUUAAAACAAAUAAAAACAAAUCCAAAAACCACAACAAUUGCUACAGCAAAAUUGCAAAAUAACUAAACAUAUAAAGAAAAACAUUGCUAAACAGUGGCAAACAACAAUAAAGUUGUUUGCUUUUUAGUUCACGUUCCAUUAUUUUUUUAAUUUCUUUGUGUUCUGGAACGAAAAACAAAGUGUCAACAGUUUGAGAGCGACUGUUGUUUAAUAGAACUGUAAAUCGAAGAACCUUCAAUUUGUGACUUAAGACUUUUCAACAAAAGUAAGAAAAAAAAAACUCGCGUGUUUAGUGUACAACAAUUACAAGGCAACCAACAACAAAGCACUACACUACAACAAAAUUUCUGUUUAUUGGGCUUAGGCCAUUGUAUGGAUCAGUCUAAACAAGCAACGAAAUUUGGAGACGAGCCGGACCUCCUGUUCAACCGAGCGCAGGGCCGGAUUAGUCUGCAGUCGGCAGCAGCUAUUCAAGCAUCUUUGAAUCCAAGCGUCAACGCAUCGCGACAAUUCGCCAACAUUCAACUAGAAGCAACAUUCAAUGACUGUGAAAGUGGCUACGUGCCCACCGUGGGCCGCUGGGGAGCCGAAUGGCCAAGCUGACUCGCCGCAGGUAAUGGCGAUGGCCAGGAGGAGGGAGCAGCAGCUGCCAGGCGUUGGGAUGGCGCUGCUGCCGGAGGAGGAGCCGCCGGCAUGGAUCAGCAGCUGGCGGAUGCAAUCAGUGGCAUGGGAUUGACUACGACACCAGUUGUUGAUGAUGCUAAUGAGCCAACUGAGAAGCCAAUCAGUUGCCAUGCCAAACAACGGGUCACGCCUAUGCGCACGCCCUCCACGUCCAGUGAGGAUGACGACGAGGAUGUUGAGGAGCAGCAGCAACAGCCAACCGACCUGACAUCGGUGGGCAACGCAUCGGAGCGCUAUUCCGAUAUCAUCCAGCUGCUGGCCAAACAGAAGUCACCAUCGUUGGAUCAGCAGCUGCGUCCACGAUGCAACUGGGCAAUGGCAGAUGGCUACGAUCUGAGUGCCUACAAUCAGGUGAAUGGUGUCUGGCCAUUGGGACACCCGUUGCCGUUGCCCGACUGGGGCGAUGCUGAGGAUCAGGCCAAGGGCACGUUGUUCUUCGAGAAUGUCUGGCAGUAUGAGGAGCUUAAUGGCAUUGUGGAGACGGCACUGCAACGAAUGCUGGAGGAGACACACUACAAUACGGUCAAUCUCUUUGUGGACUUCUAUCGCAGCUUCAAGCGAACUCGUCGCUCCGAUCUGCGCAGCUUCUUUCAGUUCUACGAUGUGCCCAUCAAUCGUCGCCAUCACAUGUGCGUCUCCUUGGCCUUUGAGAUCAUGGCGCGACUGGUGCAAAUGUUUCCACAGCUGGGCCAGUAUCUCUAUGUGGUGUCCUGUGAGGAGCAAGUGGCCGACUGCAAUGACUACGUGCAAUUGGAUGAGGAAUAUGGCAUGAAUUCGGCCGAUGCGGGUGUCGAGAAGGAGCACGUCAUGGUUGCCAUGCGUUUCGCCAUUGGCGAGCGUCGUGGUGUGAUGAUCCUUGAUCCGGGAUACCAUGUGGGACGCGCCGUGACUGUCAUGUCCGAUCAGAGCUAUCCUCACACAGGUAACCGAAUAUUUCAAAACAAGACUUCAAUUCAAAUCAGAUUUAUAAGAACUCUGACUAACUUGUCUUUGCUUUCAGGUUGGUUCAACCAGUCGAAGGAGUCGCAUCUGCAGAGGGAUUACUGUUACAGCUACAGUCAGCACAGCGACAAGUUCGUGGAGUGGAAGGAGCGGGAAAUACGUGGGGACGAGGCCAGUUUCAAGACGUCGCUGAUCUACAUUGCCCAGGAAUACAUGACAGCUGUUGAUGUGACUGUGCGUCGUAAUCUCGUCUACAAUUUCCGAUCUUUGCUCUCACGUGAUGCCAAAGGUCGAGUCUAUGCUGGACUCUACUUUCCACUGGUAUCCAAUGUGCAGGAGGCGCAUCUAACACUCUUCUAUGAUGGACCCAAUGAGCAGCGUGUGAAAGCCAAACUCAUGUUCAGCGCCUUUAAAGUGGGCAAGGGCAAGCAAUUGCCCGAUUAUGUGUCCCAGCAUCUGAUGAAGCUGUCCCCUCAACUGAAUAUGUCGCAACCGGAGCUGACGGAGCUGUGUAAAUCCCUUUGUGAGGUUGUCUCUGAUCAGAACUUUAUCGGUCAGGUAUUGGGCAUUAAUGACGAUAUCGGCAACAUGUCCAUGGAGAAUUGACAGUUAAAGCAGCCCAAGGAUGCCGCUGCAUGCCCAAUUAAGCCCAAUAUCAAAGAGCACAACGAUAAUGCAGCUGCAACUUAAAACUUGGAGUUAACAAUUUUCAAACACUUUUUUCCAAAUACUUUUCAAAAAUAUUAAUUUAAUAGAACUUAGGCGCACCCAACAAACAAAUAUUAUUCAAUUAUUAGUAAUAUAUAUCCACGUAUAAACACACUAUAAACAACUAUUAUGCUUACAUAUACAUAUACACAUACACACACACAUUAUUAACGGACACUUGAAGACUUUGUGAAAUAUCCUUGUAUUGUUUAACCAAAUGAAACUAAAAACCACUUAAAUACGAGUAAUAUAUUUAGAUAUUGAUUUGUAAUUUACUUCAGUUUCAUACUAUUUCAAUUUUGUCUAUAAUAAACAAUUUAAACUUUACAAAAA